AUGCUCCUGCUCCUGGUCUUUCUGGUGUCUGUCCUACCACUCAGCACUGAUGGAGGAGAAAUCUUUUUGGGUACAGAAUCCAAACCCCAUUCCCGACCCUACAUGGCAUUCAUAAAAUAUUAUGAUAGAAACUCGUACAUCCACCGCUGUGGUGGUUUCCUGGUGGAAAAGGACAUCAUAAUGACAGCAGCUCACUGUCUUGGAAGAAAAAUGAGUGUAACAUUGGGUGCUCACAAUAUCAGGGAACAGAAAAACAUCCAGAUCAUUCCUGUUCAUAAAGCCAAACCUCACGAGGACUAUAAUGGCAUAACACUGGUUAAUGACAUCAUGCUACUAAAGCUGGAACGCAGAGCUCAACUCAAUAGUUUUGUGAAGACCAUCGCCCUGCCAAAAAGCCAGGACUGGGUGAAACCUGGCCAGGUGUGCACAGUGUCAGGCUGGGGUGAACUGCCCAACUGUAGUCUGUCUGACAGACUUCAGGAACUAAACCUAGAAGUUCAAAAUAGCCAGAAGUGCCAAAUCCUCGAAAGUUACAACAACUCUACCCAGCUCUGUGUGGGAAAUCCCAAGGAGACAAGAGCUACUGGUGAGGGAGAUUCUGGAGGACCCUUUGUGUGUGACAAUGUGGCCCAGGGCAUUGUCAGCCGACCCCACUGUACUGGACAACUUCCUCAGGUAUUCACCAGAAUAUCCAGCUUUAUACCUUGGAUUAAGAAAACAAUAAAACUCCUUCAACAACCCUAG